AUGUUCAAAGUCAUCAUCGCCAUUCUCCUGCUGCCUCUGGCACUCACCUCCCCCCUCCUCGCCGCUGUACUCGCACCGAUUCAACUGCUCCUACUCUACAUCUGGCGCAUAAUUCAAGGGUUCCUGGGCAACAUCAUCGCCUUCUGUUUCAACUUCUUCAACUGCAACAAGAAAUGCCGCAACAAGCUCAUCAAGGACUACAAGAAAUACUCAUCGGGAAAUCUGUUCAGUAACGCAUUCGCGAUUCCUGCCCUCGUUCUAAAGCAGCUCGGACGUCCAAUAACCUGGGUCUUUGGCAGUCUGUACAACGUGGUCGUAGGGGAGCCUAUCAACAUGUAUAUCCAACAGGCCACCUCCGACGAGAUGGGCACCUAUUUUCUGUAUCUGGUCAUCUUCAGAUGUCUCCGUAUGAUCAAGCACCUUUACAGGGCCUUUAGACACAGCGCGACGCCCGUGCCAGAACGACCGAAUGUGCGUCCGACAGACUGCACUGUGAUCCUCCCAACCUCCGACCCGCGUCAGAAUCCCGAUUUCGAAGAGUGUCUGAGCUCAUGCCUCGCCAACGCGCCAGGCGCCGUCAUCGUCGUGACAAACAGCAGCGCAAUGGUCGACGCAGCAAAGCGCAUCGUGACCCCCUACGAGCAGCGCUUCCCCUCUAUCAAGAUCAGCGUCAGGUCCUGCCACUACAAGGACGCCACGAAGCGCCAGCAGCUCGCCUACGCCCUCGGCUACGUCAGGACCAGGAUCACCGUCCUCCUCGACGAACACGUCUUCUGGCCCUCCCCGCGGUUCCUCCCGUCCCUCAUCGCCCCCUUCGACGACGAAGAGACCAACGUCGGCCUCGUCGGCACAAACAAGCGCGUUCGCCGCAGCGAGUCAGGCUACUCCUUCUGCAAUAUGCUCGGCGCGCUCGACCUCGAGCGCCAGAACUUCGAACUCCGCUCCACCAACGCCCUGGAUACGGGCGUGCUCGCCGUGUCAGCCCUAACCUCCGCGCAUCGCUCCGCCGUCGUAACGAACCGCCGCUUCCUAUCCGAGUUCGCGAACCAGUGCUAUUUCUUCGGUACAUUUGACGCAGACGACGGCGACAUCGACGCCUUCAUCACCCGCUGGACCGUCAAGCAGGGCUUCAGCGUGAAGAUCCAGCACUCCGCCGACACGUGCAUCGAGACGACCGUCUCGUCAACCCUAACGGGCCUCCUCUCCCAGCUCGUCAUGCAAGCACGCAGCAGCUGGCGCAACCGCUGCGCCGCCCUCUUCACAGACCGCCUCUUCCUCGACCAGCCGCUCACCUCGUGGGUGGUCUACCUCCCGUUCCUGUACGCCACGGCCCUCUGCGACAUCGCGCAGAUAUACACCCUCAGCAACAGCAACCUCGGUCUGGAACCGCACGCGCUGACCUACCUAAUAAGCGCCAUCCUCUUCUCGAAAUUCCUCAAGAUAGCACCUUACUUCCUUUCCCACCCGCACCAUCUCCUCCUGCUCCCGGGAUACAUCAUCUUCACAUACCUCCAAAGCCUCCUAAGGGUCUACGCAGCCCUAACAUUCUUCCUCACAAGCAGCGGGCCAGAUCGCUACGCCGAGGCUGCUUCUGCUUCUGCGCCUGCUUCCCUAUCCCCAUCCCCACCCACCCGGGCUCUCUCAACCCCCGCUCCCCCCCGCGCAAACGAAAUGCAAAUCCCCCUCAUCGUAUCCCCGAGUACAUUCCUCCGCCCGCAACCCCGCGAUCUGGCGGGCGUUAGCGCCGCGCAGGCGUACGCGUACGAGCGGCACGCGGACCGCGUGGCGAGGGCAGUGCGCGAGGACGCGCCCUCGCCUGUUUCGCCGGGUGUUGUUGCGGCGCACGCGCAGCAAGCGCAGUCGCCGCCGCCGCCGCCGCCGAAGAAGCGUGGGCGGCCGCGGCUUACGCCGAAUGCGUCGCCGAGGAUGACGCCGAAUGCGACGCCUCAUGGGUCGCCGGCGCUUGGGGCGAAGAGGGGGCGUGGGAGGCCGAGGAAGAAUCCGUUGUAG